AACCAUCUUGUGGAGGAAAGGAAUGGAAACGAAGCUAGAUUUAAUACUUAUAUUUUAUUUUCUCUAAAGGAUAAUCUUACUCCCUUCUAAGUAUGAUUAGAAGUUGACUUUGUUUUGUUUUGCCUCUUAAUAAUGCAGGCUUUCUAUUGGGGACUUUUACCUUUCCCUGUGUGUGCCUGAGAGACUUCAGAGACUAAAAACAAUGCCUGACUCACUGCUUUGUGAAAACAAACUCUAAAGUUGUCUUUAUGGCGUUUCAAAAUGACAGACUCUAACUUGAGGAACGAAAGCAACUAUGGGAUCUAUUUUGCUGAAUCUUUUAACGGAUCCAUCUUGGACCAGAUAUCUCCAAACGGCAGCACCACGACCUGCACGAACUUCACACUGGACUCGCAGGUCAUCGUGGUUGGAGUUUUUCUUUCCGUUUUUAUUAUGGUGGCGAUUGUUGGGAACAUUUUGGUUAUUCUGUCUGUAGUGUGCAACAAACAUCUGCAGACUGUCACAAACUUCUUCAUUGUAAACUUAGCCAUGGCAGACCUGCUGCUGAGCAUUAUCGUGCUGCCUUUCUCUGCCUCUCUGGAGGUGCUGGGGUGUUGGGUGUUUGGCCGGGUUUUCUGCAACAUCUGGGCAGCGGUGGAUGUGCUCUGCUGCACAGCAUCCAUCCUCAGCCUCUGCAUCAUCUCCGUGGACCGCUACAUAGGGGUCAAACACUGCCUGAAAUACCCGAGUAUCAUGACGGAGAGGAGGGCAGUGGCUAUUUUGCUAUUGGUUUGGGUGUUAUCCACGGUCAUUUCUGUGGGACCGCUCCUGGGAUGGAAGGAACCUCCGCCUGUGGACGAAAGCAUCUGCAGCAUCACAGAGGAGCCGGGCUACGCGCUCUUCUCCUCGCUCUUCUCUUUCUACCUCCCGCUCAUAGUCAUUCUCUUCAUGUACUUCAGGGUCUAUGUGGUAGCGCGCAGGACUACUAAGAGCCUCGAAGCUGGCGUCAAACGGGAGAGAGAUAAGUCGAUGGAGGUGGUGCUACGGAUUCACUGCCGCAGCGUGCUGGAGGACGCGCGCACGGCGAGCGCAAAAAGUAGCAAAAACCACCCAUUCAGAAGUUCGCUCUCUGUGCGGCUCAUGAAGUUCUCCAAGGAGAAAAAGGCUGCUAAAACACUCGCCAUCGUUGUGGGGAUGUUCAUACUGUGUUGGCUGCCUUUUUUCUUCUUUCUGCCCAUUGGUUCCUUCUUUCCAGCACUGAAGCCAUCAGAAACAGUCUUCAAGGUGAUCUUCUGGUUGGGCUACUUCAACAGCUGCAUCAACCCCAUGAUCUACCCGUGCUCCAGUAAGGAGUUCCAGCGAGCCUUUACCCGCCUCCUCAGGUGCCAGUGCCAUAAGAGACAGAGAGUCCUGCGCCGCUUCUAUGACCAGAGGUGGCGGACGGCGGUCAAGGGAAUGACAAAGGAUCAGAGGGGAGACUACAAACCUGGCUACACUGUGCAGGAAUCCUUUGGUAGCUCUUUGUUUCACACAGGGAAAGGGCGUUCACUCGGUUUCAAAAGAUGGAGCCUGUUUCCCCCUCUGCAAAAGUCCUCCUUCCAACUCAAAGAAAAAGUGAACAAUCUGUCCAAUAAAAUCAGAGGGGGGACGGGAAAGAGCAGCGCACCUGCAGUGGGUCGGAUUGAUAUAGUCGACACAGUCUCCAUGGGGAUUUACAAUGCCUGUGAGCAGAGCAAUUAUCAGUUCUAUGAUCUGGCAGACUGCUACGGACUGAAAGAGACUGACAUUUAGAGUGAAGUGAGAGAAUCUUUUAUUUAUUUUAAAAGGGUCAUACUGAAACAACUCGCAAGGAACACUGUGGACGGGAAAAAGGUAGUGUUCACAAAAUAUCUGAGAAAAAAAGCUGGAAUAAAGCCCUGACCCAAGACUGAUGGCUCAAUCCCAGUACAAACAAGACUAAAAUGUUAUCUCAAAACUUUCAUUCCCAUCAUGUUUGUGUUGAUCAAACUUCCUGUGAGCUGCUUAAAUUCCCAUUUUGGACACGGACAUAAAAGUAAACAACUUCAUGGAUUUGGUUUGAGUUCUGUCACUUGGAAGAAAUGCGCACAGCCAAAACACAGCCAUCACUUGAAAGAUGGACAUACUUUUGCUAUUUAAACAGGUCUCAUUUUUACUGUUGAUGUUUUAGAUUUUACACAAAACUAUAUCUCCAAUUUUAGUCAGGUUACUUGUUGCGUGAUGUUAUUAUUGGAGAUGUUUUGAUAUUCCCAAAUUCUGAUAUCACAGUAGCAGUAAAUGAAAGCAGAUAUUUUAAAGCCUAAUAAAGAAAAUACUGAGUUAAAAUGUGAAUUUUUACUCCUUGAAGAUGUCUGUAUUUGAUCUGAUGUAACAUUUAUGAAUGUAAUUUUUUUCCUGUUUUGACAAGGCAUUGUGUCAACCAGCUGAGAAUAAAGAUGCUGCAUUAUUAUUAUUAUUUGCUUGUAUGGGUAAACAUGCCAUACUUUCUUUGAUUUUGCAUUAUCAAGUGAUUCAUGAUGUGAAAUGCUCUUUAGUAUUUUCUGAUGUCAUGUUUGGUCAUGUAAGAUUUAAAGCAUAACAAAAUGUGAGAAACAAGUUGAGUAACAUCACUGUGAUCAUGAUUAAAAAGAAC